AAGAGAGAGGAGAGGGAAACAGAGGAGGGAGAGGAGGGAGAGAGAGGGAAGGGGAAAAAGAGUCCGGGGCCACGCCAAAUAAAGCCAUGUGAGCCUGGCCCAGGACGGCACCCCAGACACUAUAAAUACGCUGCUCUCCUGGAGGUUCGGGUUUGGUGGCUGGGGCUCGGGACCUACGAAGACCACAGUAACCUGGUGCCUCAGAAGAGCCUCCUCAGUGAUCCUCCAUAACUCAGCCUCCGUUGUAGCAACCUCAGCAAUCAUGCCCCGCGUAGAUGCAGACCUCAAACUGGACUUUAAGGAUGUCCUGUUCAGACCCAAAAGGAGCAGUCUGAAGAGCAGGUCAGAGGUAAGCCUGGAGGGGGCUGGGGAAUGCAGAACUGGAGGUAUGGGACUGGGGGUAGGGGACUGCAGGUAAGGGGAUGGGGAAUUGUAAGUUGUGUUCCUCUGGGUUUGCUGUGUGUUGUUUGUGUCCUUGGCGUUAUUACAGGGAACAUCUUAUUACCUAGUUGUAGUUGCUGGUAUUGAUGUUAUUGAUCUGUAACUAAAAUUGGCUAGUGUAUCUCAAGAAGGAAGACAUGUCAGACUACUUGAUUAAUUUGAGAGUCAUUUAAAUCGAGGGUACUCAGUAUAAAUAUAUGUAUGAGUUGUGUAUGUGUGCAUGAUAGAAAUCUGAACAAGAAAGAGAGGGAGGGACUCAGGGGAGUGGGUGACCUUCUCAUGGGUGACGGAGACAAGGGUUUGUUUUAGGCCUGCUGUGUAGAAGCAUACAGUCAUGUCAAGACAGGAGCCAUUAGCCCAGGCUAGGCCUAUGGCAUGUCAGCUCUUACCUUGGUUUUGGGUCCUAAAACUAACCCCAGACACUAAACCAUGUAGUUUGGCAUCACAGUUUACUCUGUGUUAACGUAGGGGGCAACAUGAGACAGGAGGACGCUUCUUGGAAAAUCAGUUUAAAAAUAGUCCUACAGAGCUCUGUGUGCUAACUGUCAAUGAGAGCAUUUUCCACAUGCAGAAGGCCUACCGGAAUAACACACAGAGAUAAGCGCACACACACACACACUCACUCACUCACACCCACACAAACACUCAUACCAUUUAAUACGCACAUCCAAGGUUCAACAGACAUGCAUAUCUGCUGUAGAGUAGCAGACACACUGGAGUGUACCAUGGGAGGACACAUUCUUUCCUCCCAUCUGUUCAGUGUUCAUUCAUUCAGUGCCUGCGGCCAGGCAGCUCUGCUAUUGUCUGCUGUAGUAUUCUACUGUCUCUCUGGACAGCCACCGGGUGAUACAGCUUCUGCCUUAUAACACACUGUUUACAGCUGAGCUCCACAACACAUCACAACUACAGUAUUUUACAUCAUUAUGCAUAAUAGCUUCCAAUUUAACACUGAGACUUCAGUAUUGAAUGUAUGGAUGGACAUAUCAUGUACAUAUAAUGAUGUACAGAUAAUCAGCCACGCCCUAGUACAUUGGAUUGGAUAGCCUGCAUCAGAAGAGGAAGGAAAAAGACUGCAGUAGCAGUUGGGAUCAGUGUUUAGAUGUGAAAGGAGAUGGCAGCUAUACCACGCAGCAUGGCAUAAGAGGAAAUUCUGAAGUGGAGACUCCCUUCCCUCUCUCUUUCUCUCUUUCUUUCUCUCCCUCCCUCCUUCCCUCCCUUCCCUCUCUCUUUCUCUCUUUCUUUCUCUCCCUCCCUCCCUCUCUCUUUCCCUCCCUCCCUUCUCUCCCUCUGUCCCUCUCUUUCCCUCCCUCCCUUCUCUCCCUCCGUCCCUCUCUUUCCGUCCCUCCCUGAGCUCCACUGCAGCAUGACGUCAGGGGGUGUGUGUGGACAGCCUGACUUCAAAGACACCUGGCCUAAACAUACAUCUGUGACACUCAAAAUAGUAUGAUAUGUUAUGGUAUGGUUACGUAGAAGACAGAAACCUUAACCCCUAACCUUAACCCCUAACCUUAAUCUUAACCCCUAACCUUAACCUUAACACCUAACCAUAACCCCUAGCCUAGCCUAGCUAACGUUAGCCAUCUAGCUAACGUUAGCUGCAACAAAUUGGAAUUCGUAACAUAUCAUAUGUAUUGCAAAUUCGUACCAUUUUGUAUGAAUUCCAAAUCGUAACAUAUCAUAUGAAAUGGAUGAUGGACAUCCAUCCACAAAUUAAUACGAAACAUAACAUAUCAUAAUAAAUGAUGAAAGACAGAUUUACAUUUCAUAUGUUAUGUCUACCCCUGAGUCCAGGUUGGUGUGGAGUGGAAAGGCUGCGGUUCCCCCUCUUUGUCAGGCUAGUGUUUCAUGGGCCUGCAGUGAUGGACUGACCUGCAUCAACAGCGUCCCUGCUCCAACCCCUGCCCUCCAGCCCAACUCCCUGCCCUCCAGCCCAACUCCCUGCCCCCCAGCCCAGCUCCCAGCCUCCCUGCCCACCAGCCCAGCUCCGAGCCUCCCUGCCCACCAGCCCAGCUCCCAGCCUCCCUCCUUUACAGCCCAGCUCCCAGCCUCCCUCCUUUCCAGCCCAGCUCCCAGACUCCCUGCUCCAACCCCAACCCCCCAGCCAGCUCCCAGCCUCCCAGCCUCCCUCCUCAAAUCCCAACCCCCAAGCCCAGCUCCGAGCCUCCCUGCUCCAACACCAAACCUCCAGCCCCCCUGCCUCCUAGCCUCCCUGUUUCUAGCUUUAGUCCAGGUGAUCUACAGCCAUAGUCACUCCAGGGCUGAGACCACAGUGGAGCCAGGCACCUACCAUUACUCCUCUAGGAGAGGGAGAGGGAGAGAGAGAGAGGGAGAGGAGAGAGAGAGAGAGAGAGAUAGAGAGAGAGAGAGAGAGAGAGAGAGAGAGAGAGAGAGAUAGUAGAGAAGAGAGAGAGAGAAGAGAGCGAGAGAGAGAGCGAGAGAAAGAGAGAGAGAGAGAGUGUAGCGAAAGAAGGAGAUACAGGCCACAGAAACCCCAUUAAACAGAGAGACUAGUGGACGUCCAGUCACAGGUGGAGUUCACGGGAAAAGAGCAGAGGCAGAGGGAGUUUUUUGCUCUAACCGGAACAUUGGUCAUUCACACUCUCACCUCUCCCACCGCCCAGCCCCAUCUCUCCUUGACUGGACAUGUAAUGCUGGCGUAAUGAAAUGUGGGGCUAUAAAAUGUUGCUCCCCUCAAGGGAGUAGUGUCAUUUAAUGUGGAGAUGGAGAUUAAACAUUAAGUGCUGUCUGUGAAAUGAAGAGGAGGCUGGCAAUUUCAGAAGAAAUUAUAUUCACUUUAGCUAUUGAUCAGCAAACACUUACUGGUGUCAAGCUAUGAGUGAUGUCCUUCUUAGAGACCCAGGAUUAAACCAGUCAGUCACUCUCCAGCCAACCGAGCUCCUAGACAAGAACCAACCAAACGACCUGCUGCUGAGUAGACAGAGCUUUGAGCUGUGCAGUACCACCCUUGGCCAAUCUCUCUCUCUCUCUCUCUCUCUCUCUCUCUCUCUCUCUCUCUCUCUCUCUCUCGCUCGCUCUCGCUGUCUCUCUCUCUGAGAUCACUAGGGGUCCAGUUACAGGCCACCAGAGCUAAUCUAAAUGAUUCAGCACAUCCCCUUCAACAUAGUGAAGUGCUCUCUGUCUCAGCAGCACAGACACAUAUUGUGAGUUGGAUAAAGCCUGAAGCUUCACCUUCACGCUCGUGUACAGUAUGUAACCCAUCCUACUGUGUGUGUAUGUCAAAGGCCUUGGUCUGUAAAUUGGGGCAGGGGGAAUAAGUAGAUUGGUAUCAGGUGGAAUCAGGUAGCUUUUACCCUUCAGCAAGUUAUAAGGAUGUUUUAUUAACAUAUGUUUUUGCCUGCACGAUGUGCUGUACUUAGACUUCAUCUAAAAAUAUGUUAUCCAGGCUGCGGACAAAGACCCCUAAUCAUGAAGAACCCUGUGGAGGAGGUCCCCAUUUAAUCAGGUCCAUCAUUGUAUUACAUCCCUUAUCCACCGCCUCUGUCCUGGGGGGUGAUUAAAUUGAGCUCCUGGCUUGGCCUCGGCCAGGCCUGGUUGUCACCGGUCCGUAGCACUGAGCUGACUCAUAGUCCACUCAGUUUAACUCAAGCCCAGAAAGGCCACCCCUUUCAUAUGAUGACAGGAUGGCACUAACCCUAACCCUGGCUUGAUGUCCAGUUGUGUCUGCAUGCUAAAUCAACUUCUAUCUCAUUGCCUUCAGGUUGACCUGGCAAGGACGUUCACAUUCCGUAACUCUAAGCAGACCUACCAUGGCAUCCCCAUCAUCGCUGCCAACAUGGACACCACAGGGACCUUUGAGAUGGCCCGGGUCCUCAGCAAGGUGAGUGUAACACACUGACAGCAUUUCACUUUCAUCCCACUCUGACUGGCUGACUGACAGUCUGACUGACGGACGGAUAAACGGACGGACAUAAUGACUAACAGACUGACUUACUCUCUCUCCAUAUCUCCCUCCAGCACACACUCUUCACGGCCAUGCAGAAGCACUACUCACUGGAUGAGUGGAAGACCUUUGCAGUCAACCACCCAGAAUGCUUAGAGGUAAAACAGGAAGUCCCCACAGAUACUCUUUCAUGUCCCCCAUGGUGUGAACACUGUCUAUGAUGUGUAAGGCUUGUAAAAUACUAAAGUAAUUGCCCCUUGGGGAUAAAUAAAGUAUUUUAAUUGAAUUAAUUGCUCAAACUGCAUUGUUGUAUUGUUGACCUCCAGCACAUAGCGGCCAGCUCUGGCAGUGGUAAGGCUGAUCUAGAGAGACUGUGUGAGAUCCUGGAGGCUAUCCCUGACAUAAAAUACAUCUGUCUGGACGUAGCCAACGGUUACUCAGAGUACUUUGUGGAGUUCGUGAAAACCGUCAGGGACAAGUUCCCCAAACACACCAUCAUGGUAAGAUGAGAGUUCUCUGUAUUUUAACUCUUCUUUAUGGAGUUAUGGAUUAUAGUUUAGUCAGCAUUAACUUUUUUGUGAUCAAUUUUUUUUCAUUUAUUAAUAAUACAUUUGAGCAAACAUGAAUACAGAUAUGCAAAAUUAAUUUAGUUUAAUCCAGGUUUUUAUCUAUUAUGUGUCCACAUCAUGAUCUAUCUAUAGCCGUCAGAUGAUCAGGAAAUAGGUUGCCAUUCAAGUCAGAAUUGGGCUGCCUGUGUAAACACAGCCUUAGUCAACCACAACGAGCUGCAAAACAGUUUCAUGUGGUUGUUUUGUGUCUUCUGCUUGCUUCAUGUAUGUAUGAAGCAUUAAAAAAGGUCAUGAAAGCUGUGAGGUUGUGCCUUCUAAAAGGUCAUGAAAGGUGUGAGGUUGUUCCUUCUGAAAGGUUGUGGAGGGGGUGAGGUUGUUCCUUCGUCUGUUUAACAAGACAGAAGCAAGACAGAAGUGUCCUAAUAAUGACUAUUAUCUAGUCAUCUGGAGGCCUGUGGCUCUUUAUUUUCCCUGUGUGUGUGUGUGUGUGUGUGUGUGUGUGUGUGUGUGUGUGUGUGUGUGUGUGUGUGUGUGCGUGUGUGUGCGUGCAGGCUGGCAACGUGGUGACAGGGGAGAUGGUGGAGGAGCUCAUUCUCUCUGGCGCUGACAUCAUCAAAGUGGGCAUCGGGCCAGGUGGGUGCGUCAGUCUAUGUGUUCCCCCUGGCAAGGUGGGUGCAUCAAUCUAAGACUGUCCACAUCUGUUCCAUCUCUACACACACACGCCAAGCUCACUAACUGCUUUGGGCAAUAAACAAAGACAUUCAAUAAAUCCUCUAAUGCAGCAUAAGGGGAUGUUGGAAUGACCGGGGUGAGGAAUUACAGUAUAAAGACUAUAUUAUGGUGCAUGUAUUAAUGAACUUAUUUGAUAUGUAACAGUAAUAAUGAAUGACCUCUCUAUUGACAGGCUCAGUGUGUACCACCCGUAUCAAGACCGGGGUGGGCUACCCUCAGCUCAGCGCGGUCAUCGAGUGUGCAGACUCCGCCCAUGGCCUCAAGGGACAUAUUAUCUCAGUGAGAACCCCCUCACACACACACACCACAUACGCACGUACACACACACACACACACACACGACUGUAGAUACGCUAUCCAGUUGUUUGAGUCAUCUCUCUAUAUUGAGUUGUCUUGGGAUUGACAAAGUAUCGGAUGACAAGUUGUUUGACACAUUUCUCUAUUCGUUAGUAAUACAGAAGCAGCCAUGACAAACAAAUCUUGGCGCAAUAAUCUCUGUAGCAACGUGUUCCCUCUAGAGGGCAGUAUUAGUCUUGCAAUAGUAAGUCGCUAUGAAAGGGAAAGAAGCAAACAUGAUUUUCUGCAUGAAGUGGCACUGUAAAUACAAACCAUUAUUGAAAUUGCAAAUCUAAGAGCUAUAUAUCUAUAUUAAAAUCUAAGAGCUGAACAACACCAACAAUGUCUUUCUCUUCCACAGGAUGGUGGCUGCAGUUGCCCAGGCGACGUGGCUAAAGCUUUCGGUAUGUGGACCCCCUAACACACGUGUCAAACUCAUUCCACCGGAGGGCCGAGUGUCUGAUUAAUUAAGGUCACUGAUUAGUAAGGAACUCCCCUCACCUGGUUGUCUAGAUCUUAAUUGAAAGGAAAAACCAAAAACCAGCAGAAACUAGGCCCUCCAUGGAAUGUGUUUGACACCCCUGUCCUAACAGAAACACCUGCCUUCAUAACUGCCGUUAGUACAUUGAGUGUGAACGGUCGUUAGACUGUAUAUUAACAGCAGGGCCUUGUUCAAUAAGGGGAAAACAUUUUUAACUACCUGAUCUUGUCCAUGGCUGGUUGCUGAUUGGCUUCCAACCUCAUCCACAGGUGCGGGGGCUGACUUUGUGAUGAUGGGGGGCAUGCUGGCGGGACACGACCAGUGUCUGGGUGAGGUCGUCGAGAAGGAUGGCAAGAAGGUCAAGCUGUUCUAUGGGAUGAGCUCCGACACUGCCAUGAAAAAAUACGUAGGGGGAGUGGCCGAGUACAGGUGACACAGCCACCUACCAACCACUAUCAGUCAAUAUGGGCAAGAGCAUGCUAAAGGACCUGUUGGAUGUAACUGUGAGGGGGCAGAUGGGGAAUCAGUGCUUAGGACAUUGAACUUGUUGAUGUGAAGGUUGCAUGGUUUCUUUGUUUUUUUUGUAUAAUACCCAGUGAAAUACAUUUAUUUUACUCACCUUUGUUAUUCAACAUCCCACUGCUGCCACCAUUGUGAUGUAAAAGGCAACAUUUAAGUGUCCUCUCCAUAAAAAUGAUUUGUAAUCAUGAUCAGUAACAUCACCAUGAUGUUGCUUGAACAUUGUCUCAGCGUUAUUAGAUAUACUGAGUUGGUGCUGAUGUUCUCCUCUCCCUCUGCAGGGCGUCAGAGGGUAGAACGGUGGAAGUUCCUUACAGAGGAGAUGUAGAGAACACCAUCAGAGAUAUCCUUGGGGGCCUCCGCUCCACCUGUACCUACGUAGGAGCUGCUAAACUGAAGGAGCUCAGUCGCAGAACCACCUUUAUCAGAGUCACACAGCAGGCCAGCACCAUGUUCCACUAAUCACACACACACACAAACAUGAAAACACACACACACCUACCACCAUCACUACAAAUGUGUUUCUCUCAGGACCUCUGUUGUAACAUGCUCUGCACAUUUGGUUCUUACGUAAAAUUGUGAGUAAUAUUAUCAGAACAUGAUUUAAAACAUUCAGCCUGCUCUACAGAAAUAAAAUAUGCAAGAGCCAGUUAGGGUUGCUUGAAACCUUACUACUCUGUCCAUCCUCAGUGGGUAUUACUUAGAUAUUGCAAUAACUGCAUGCUGGCUUUGAGUGCUUUACCUGGCGAUUCCCUCUCUAGACUGAUAAUAUUAAGGUCCAAUGCAGCCGUUUUUAUCUCAAUAUCAAAUCAUUUCUGGGUAACAAU